AUGGAGGACGUUAACGUGUAUGCGGACGGAGCUUGUCUGCGCAACGGUCAGUCGUCUGCGCGUGCUGGUAUGGGGGUGUACUUUGGUGCAUCUGAUCCUAGGAAUGUUUCUAAACCUUUGCCGUGUGGCCCCGCGACGAACCAGCGUGCAGAGUUGGCUUCAAUAUUAGCAGCUCUGGUGCGGUACGAGGCGGCGGACAAUGCGGCUGCCGCACGUAGGUCGGCGCGAGGAGCUCAAGGACCCUCGGAUGAGGUCCGUCUGGUGGUGCAUAGUGACAGUGAAUAUGCUGUGAACUGUGUGGGCCAGUGGGGUGACCGCUGGACCCGCAACGGCUGGGCCAGCUCAUCGGGUCGGCCUGCAAAGAAUGCAGACUUAGUGCAAGCGCUGGAACAAGGGCGAGAGACAGGCUCUGAAACCAUGGAGGACGUCAACGUGUAUGCGGACGGAGCUUGUCUGCGCAACGGCAUCGUGAGGAGUCAGGAGCAAGCUCUCCAUCUCUAG